UUUCUUAACCGCCUUCCUUUUUGGUUCAUUUGGGUUUCUUCCUUCUCUUUUUCUACUGCUCUUUCUCUGACUCAGAAGAAAAAUGGAGGAGUUGGAUUCUAUGUGGUAUCAAGAGAGUGUUGAUGAACUGCAUGUCAAGCUUCAAUAUUCGACAAUUGAGUUGGAGUCGGUGAAAAUGAAGGCAAGUGAGCAAUUGAGAAGGCACAGAGAGGAUGUAAAGAAUUUGCUCAAUCUUCUGAAGAUUGCUUACCAACAAAGAGAUGAAGCCAGGGAUCAAUUGCAGAAGCUGCUCAACAAGUUCAUGGCUUCCAGUCCUAAUGACUUGCUUCGUGCUCCCCACUAUACCCAACUUGGGAGUCCUCUCUUCACGCAUGCGAAGGCAAACUCAAGCAUAACUGAGUCCAAUAGCCUGAACAGUUUAUCUGAUACCUAUAAUCAUCAAUCUCAUGGCUCUUCCCCAGUUGAUUCCUUUUUUGAUGCAGCAACUUCACCAGAAUUCUCAAGCAUCAAUAUGGCUGAUUCAAGCAAGAUGAGGAUAGUGAAUCAGCCCCUUUUUCAAGAGUAUAAAGGCUCUAUGUCAUCAGGGUUAGUCUCCUCAGGAGUGAACAAGAAUGAUCCCGCUAUUGCUCUAAUUGAUGCUAUUGCAAAGGGAAAACCUUUACCAGAAAAGGGGAAACUUUUGCAGGCCGUCAUAGAAGCUGGGCCUCUCCUUCAGACCAUUCUUAUUACUGGACCCCUUCCCCGGUGGAGAAACCCUCCUCCUCUACAACCUCUCAAACUUCCACCUGUUUCCAUUAAAGGAUGUAAUGCAGACAAUGUUAACCAGAAUCCAAAACCAGUUCCAAACCCAAAUAGCAUUGCUCAAAAACCACUGAAUUCAUCACAUAUUCAGAUGUCUCGAGGCCAUCCUCAUCUUUGCUCAACAUCUAUGUUGAAUUUUUCGAGUUCUGCCCCUGGUUCGGGAGUAGGUACGGUGACGCUUACUGCAAGUGCUGCUGUUAGUACACAAGUACCAACUGUAAAACGCCAAAGAAUUCAAUGAGUGAAAAAAUGGGGGAGUUUGCUAUUCUUCUGGAAAACAAACUUCAAAGGGUUGGUGAUGUAAAUGAGAUACUCUUUUUUGGAGGGUUUGAAUGAUAUAGCUAUCCAACAUUUAAACGUAGUUUUCUUUGAUUGUCUUCUUCAAAUUUUCCUUCUUUUUAGUUUUGUUCUUGUAAAAUCCAAAGUUUGGAUUGAUAUCAUCUUAGCUUGGGAACAAAAGCCUUGAAGUUCCUAGUGCUUUACAUAUAAUGUAUUCUAAAUAUUAUCCACAAAUUCAAAUGU